UCCGCUGCCGCCCGUCGGUGCCCGCGCCGCUACUGUGCCGCUCGGUCUCUGUGUGUGGCUCCCUCCCUCCCGCCUAUUGGCUGGGAGGUGCCCGACGUCACAAUGGGGAGUUCCUAUAACUCCCCCACACUCUCAACAUAACGGGCUCCGGGCAAGUUCUAGGCAGUCGGGAGGUGACGAAAGGGAGGAGGGUCCGAGCAGACAAAUGCCUCCGCGGCGGCAGGCUGCAUGCGGCUCCCGGUCCCGCCAAGCCCCGCGUGCGCUCGCCAAGCUUGGAUCUUCUCCAGCGCGCCCGUAGCGGCCACAGAGAGCAGAGAGCCUGCAAAGGGGUCAGCGGCCGGGCGCUUCGGAGCCUUGGUCACACCCGGCGGGACGGACAGACCCUCGGCGCGCGGACCUGCCGAGAGGCGCUCCAAGUAAGAGCGGCGCGCAAGAAGGGCUCGGGCGCGGCUGCUUUCCCGGAGGGGCCGAGCGCGAUGGAAGCGGUGAGCGCCGCUAGCGCCCUGCAAGCCACGCUGGGCGCCAACAGCAGCAGCAGCAGCGGGCAGAGCGCGGGCAACUCCACCGGCUCGGAAGAGAGCUGGGUGGUGGGCAUGGGCAUCCUCAUGUCCCUGAUAGUGCUGGCCAUCGUCUUCGGCAACGUGCUGGUGAUCACCGCCAUCGCCCGCUUCCAGAGGCUGCAGACGGUCACCAACUAUUUCAUCACGUCGCUGGCUUGCGCGGACUUGCUGAUGGGGCUGGCGGUGGUCCCUUUCGGAGCCAGCCACAUCAUCCAGCUCACGUGGAAGUUCGGGAACUUCUGGUGCGAGUUUUGGACCGCCAUCGACGUGCUGUGCGUGACGGCCAGCAUCGAGACUCUGUGCGUCAUUGCCGUGGACAGGUACUUCGCCAUCACCUCCCCCUUCAAGUACCAAAGCCUCCUGACCAAGAAUAAAGCCAGGAUGGUCAUCCUGUUGGUUUGGGUCAUUUCUAUCCUAACCUCCUUCUUGCCCAUCCAGAUGCACUGGUACAGAGCCACGGACUCCAAGGCCAAAGAGUGCUAUGCCGAUGAGACUUGCUGCGACUUCUUCACCAACAAAGAGUAUGCCAUCACUUCUUCCAUCAUCUCCUUCUACUUGCCCUUGGUAGUCAUGGUCUUUGUCUACGCCAGGGUCUUCCAGGUGGCCCAGAAGCAGCUGAAGAAGAUAGGCAAAUGCGAAGGGAGGUUCCACCAGCAAAGUUCACAGCAGGAGCAGCAGGCUGGAAGGGGAAUCCACAGGAGGGCAUCCAAGUUUUGCUUGAGGGAACACAAAGCGCUCAAAACCCUGGGCAUUAUCAUGGGCACCUUCACGCUGUGCUGGCUCCCGUUCUUCAUCGUCAACAUUGUGCACGUCGUCUCGGAGGACGUCAUCCCCAAAUUUGUGUACAUCUUUUUGAACUGGGUGGGAUAUGUCAAUUCGGCCUUCAACCCUUUGAUUUACUGCCGAAGCCCAGACUUCAGGUAUGCUUUCCAGGAGAUCCUUUGCUUCCGGAGGUCUGCCCUGAAAAUGUACGUCAAUGGAUAUUCCAACAGCAAUGGGAAAAACGAUUUCAAUGGGGAUCACAAUGGCUAUCAUAUGGGACAAGAGAAGGCUAGCGAACUGCUGUGCGAAGAAGGAAGCCCCCACACUGGGGAAGAGUUUUUGCACUGUAAAGAGAUCCCUGGGUGCCCUGGAAUGGUUGAAAGUUGAGCGGGUUAAGCUUUGGCCCUCCUAACCAUUUGCAACUCUCAGAAGCUCAUGAAGAGACAAGUCUAAGCUCUGCUUUACUUUUGUUGGCACAGAGGAACUUCGCAUUCCUUUGCACAGGGAUGAAAGGAAGGACAGCUAGCAAACCAAGUUUCCAGGCUGUGAAGAAAACUGCAGUGAAUGAAACAUUUCGGGGAUUCAGCUGUGAGAAGCCAAAUCAGUUUGAGAUAGGAUUGGUGGAGCCUUCGCAGUGCAAAAAUGAAAGGCUUUCCUAGAGCUGAAGAACAUGAGUUUCCGGAAGUAGGGGAAGAGUUAAUGAUUUUAUUAACUCACCCACACUGUCUCCGCUGGAAAUAUCCUCAAGGAGCUGAAAAGCCUUGGGAAGACAUUUUCCCAUCUUGUUAGUCUACUUGUGGAAGGGACAUCAAAUAUCUGGCUUCCUGGUGAAGCCAGCAGAUUGCUAGGAUUGGGACGGGAUCAUUAUGCAGCCCAAACGUGAAAAGAAUUUGGGAAGUAAUACACUGUGAGGAGCACUCUUGUAAAACCAAAUUGGUUUGCAGUGCACAUUCAAAGCUGGUUUCUGCUCCUGGAAGUAUUUCGCCAACUUUUCCCCAAGCCAACACUUGUCCCCAUAGCCAAGUGGUUCCACAAAGACAGAAGUGAAUAAUCACCUCGUGGUAGGAUUCCAAAUAAAUUGACUCAACGUUUACCAAGGCCCUUAUUCAGAGGCAUUUCUCCGUAAUAUUGAGUUCUGUGCAAUUUCAAGAGACCCCAAGAGACCAAGAUUGAAAGGCAGCUUCUCUCAAUUUUUUUAUUUUUUUUAAAACUUGUAAGCAACCAAACACCCCUCAUAUACUGUUCUUGAAGCUAAGCUUUCUGCAUCAACCUCCUGGUAUCAUAGGAUGCCUGCGUUCUUCUUUGGGAAUCUUGAGAUGUCUGGCCUUGACUACUCAGCUCACUCCAAGUGCUGAUGAUGUUUAACCCCUUUUGCCAGGAGACACUUCCAAGGCUUUGUAGGAAGGGGAAAGAAGCCUUGUUGAAUACUUGGGAGAGACAGACCAGCACCAGAGAAGCUUAUGUGAGGAGUCUGGAGUCGAAGUUGGAUGGCCAAGGGUGGUUUCAGAAAAGGGGAGAAUCUUUCAAGUUGUGGUUUUAUAAGAAAACUCAAUUCCCUGUAUAUUACAUUAACAACUCUGAGGUGUAAAAAAAAAAAAAAAAA